GUCCGCCCCCCUUCGUUCCAAACCGUUUUUUUAAUUCUUCCAGGGGCAUUACAUCAGGCCACUUCUCUACCUUUUUCGUGCCCCCCAAAAUUUUUCUCGAUUCCGAGCGCAUACUUCUCAUCCACUGUCGAUUCCACGAGAAAUCUCUCCGACUUCUUCGACUUCGCCUCCUUCGAUUGAGGUUUUCCUGGUGCUUGGUUGGUACUUGGUGGGGAUCGGGGCCGCUCCGGGGUCUCUGGUUCGAGGAGGAUUGGAAAUUUUGGGUUAGGGUUGGGGCAUUCCGGCUCUUGAGUGCUUGAUUGAUCCGUCCAUGGGGAUGCUCUUCGUAGAGUCGCUGCCCGGGCCGAAGGUCUUCAAGUGCGGGCGCUGCAAGGUCGAUUCGGCCUCGCACGAUGCCAUCAUCUCCAAGGACUUCAGCGGGCGGUAUGGUCGAGCUUAUCUUUUCAAGAGCGUGGUGAACAUUUCCUUGGGUCCCAAUGAGGAUCGCUAUCUCUUGACUGGAUUACACACUGUGAAUGACAUCUACUGUAGCUGCUGCCAACAAAUUCUGGGUUGGAGAUAUGAGAAGGCAUAUGAGGAAAGUCAGAAGUACAAAGAAGGGAAGUACAUCCUAGAGAAGGCUAGGAUGUUGAAGGAGGGCUGGUGAUGUAUGAAUGAGCUGGACUAGGAGAACAAACCUAGAUGUGUAUCUAACUGUGUAGUGAUAGAAAAUCCCAACUGGGGCUGUCAAAAAUGAAUCCAGUCAGGGACAUCUCGGAAGUGAUCACUAGAAACUCAAAACAUUCUUGCUUGAUUAUGAAAUAAAAGACUGAUUGGUUUUAAGUAGUCAA